AAAAACUUGAACUUGUUUCCGUCAUUUGUACUUUCACGAGAAAUCGCGAGGGUUUUUGACAACGCGAUUUUCUUAGCAACGGUAUAAUAACAAAAAUGUUAGAGAUCACAUGCAACGAUCGACUCGGCAAGAAGGUUAGAGUGAAGUGCAACCCAGACGACACUAUAGGAGAUCUGAAAAAAUUAAUAGCCGCCCAGACGGGAACGCACUGGGAGAAGAUCGUGUUGAAGAAGUGGUACACUAUUUUCAAGGAUCACAUAAAGUUGCAAGACUAUGAGAUACAUGACGGCAUGAACUUAGAGCUAUACUAUCAAUAAAUAUAGAUAAAAUAACAUUACACAUAAGCGCUUUUAAUAUUGUAAUGCCAUGAUUAUUAAACGUCACUUUCUUUUCUAUGUUUAAAUAUAAUGUGUACAUAUAUAAGAAUAAAAGAUUAAAUAUAAAA